AUGAUCCUGGAUAACGGCUCGUAUGCGAUCAAAUCGGACCGCACGGGCGACGCGGAAACUCCCAAUGCUCUGAUUCGCGGACGCGACAAGACUGUCUACGUGGGCCAAGAUCUGACCAAGUGCAAGGACUACGCUUCUCUGGUGUUCAAACGGCCGUCGGAAAAAGGCCAACUCAUCAACUGGGACAUUCAGAAGGCCGUGUGGGACAAUCUCUUUUACAAUCCGCAAACCGGAGUUGAUACAGACUCGUCGCUGCUGCUCACACAGUACCCGCUGACGCUGCCGCAGGUUUCGGCCAACAUUGACCAGGUGGUGUUUGAAGAGUAUGGGUUUGAGCAGUACCAUCGAACCGAGGCGGCGAAUCUGGUGGCGUGGUCGUCGGGCCAAUGUUUGGACGCGUGUCUGGUAGUGGACGCCGGGUUCAACGCCACCCAUGUGACUCCAGUUUUGUUUGGACAGGUCCAUGAACCUGGCAUCAGAAGAGUCAAUGUGGGAGGCAAAACCAUGACAAAUCUGCUCAAGGAGACCGUUUCGUUCCGCCACUACAACAUGAUGGAUGAGACUUACAUUAUCAACCGGGUCAAGGAAAAGGUGUGUUUUGUGUCGCAGGACUUUGACAAGGAUCUGGAUCUGGCCAAAAAAACUAAAUCACUCCAGGUCGAGUACGCGCUCCCCGACUACAAAACAACCAAGCUGGGGUACGUGGUUGACCGCAAACAGCACGAUAUUAGCGAGCUUCAGACGCUCAAACUCGGUAAUGAACGGUUUACAAUGCCCGAAAUUCUGUUUGAUCCGUCUAUUAUUGAUUUGCAACAGAGUGGGCUGUGUGAGACCAUUGCAGAGUCGAUCCAGGCGUCGCCAAAGGAGUUCCGGUCACUACUAUGCAGCAAUAUUGUCAUUGUGGGAGGAUGUGCCAAGUUACCUGGUUUCCAGAGCCGACUCGAAAAGGACCUGAGACCUCUUAUUCCCUCAGAGUACCACAUGAAGACGCGACUAGACGACAAACCCGACUUUACGACACUACAAGGAGGCAAAGUGUUGGUUGAUCAGCCGGGAUUUUCCAACCUCUGUGUCACCAAACAGGAGUACGAUGAGUACGGAUGGCGCUUGUGUCGUCAGAGGUUCCAGGGCGAGACUUUUGAUGAGGAUACCGAAAGUGCGUGA